AUGGCAAAAUCCACUAUGCUGUUAAAACCGUUCGCAUGCGCAGAUUGCGAGUGCGACAGAAGAGGCUGUGUGAAAGCAGAGUUAUGCACGCGCAGGACGAUCCAAACCUCAUCUUCUGACUUGUAACGGAUCACUCGUGGUGUACGAUGAAUCGUUCGUAGAAGACAGCAGGUUCUUUAUCUGAUCCAUGGCGUUGCGGGCAGGGAUUAUCCCGAAAGAAAAACGGAGAUCUUAUCACGAACGCGUCGUUCGAUAUUCUCCGCGUGAAGGAAACGUUACGCCAUGACGCUCACAUCACUGCACAGCUGUCACUCGUAAACAACUUAAACGGAGCAGUGUCAGGGCUCAGCAUAAAUAUAGACAAACCACUCGAUCGUUCCUGAAGCCAGGAUGUCUGUGACAGAGGAAAGAAUCCAAGAAUUGAACCAACAAUUUCUGGACUUUAUGAGCAAACCGGAGAAUAUUGACGCAGGUACAAAAGAGAUUUACGAAGAUCUGUUGGAUGAGGUUCUGAUGGGCUUUGUGUUUGAUGUUCAUCGUACCACGAAGACUGGCAGUUCCGACGUCGAGGAGGGCAUCCCCGAUGACGAGUCGUAUGCUAUUGUUGAUUCGCCCGGUCUAGAUGUAUUCGGCCAGCAUCCUGUGAAGAAGUCGCAGGAGUGCAUCUGUCCAAACUGCGACCGCAGCGUUGCAGCCUGCCGAUUUGCCACGCACCUGGAGAAGUGCAUGGGUAUGGGCAGAAACAGCUCGCGUAUCGCAUCGCGGCGCAUCGCCAACAACUCCAAGGACUUGAGCAAUUACGGUGGCGUGAUGAGCGACGACGAUGACGACGUCGACUGGAGUUUGACCAACGACAAUAAACGUCGACGUCCGCGUAAGGACCGCAACGGUAUGAACAAGCGUGCCAAGCAGCAAAAGCAGCAGCAACAGCAGCAGCAAGCCGGCGGCGGCGGCACGCAGCAGAGGAACGGCGAGACUGUGGGCGAGCACGCGCACAGCAGCAACGAGAACUCGCCCUCCAAUUACGAGAAUAUGUCGCUGGUGGACAAGCGAGCGCUGCUCACACAAAUCUGCGGCGUCGUGUCCGAGCACACAAAGAAACUGUGCACCCGUUCGAUGCGUUGUCCACAACACACCGACGAUCAACGCAAGGAGAUGCGCGCGAAUUUGGAAUCUGGCGGUCAACAAGACAGUCUCCAUGUAGAUGUAGACACGUACGAAGAGACCGACGGGCAGAAUCUGCGAGAGGCCUUGGCGAGAUGGGACAGGGAAGGAUCCAGCCACUCCAGCCCAGCCGAUUCUGCGUCCACCACGUCAACCUCAUCGAUCAGCCGGAAGCGGGAGAUCAAGUCGAAGGGUAAAGGCAAGGGGUCGAAGCGCGAUCGCGGCUCUCCGAUCUCGCAGGGGGACUGAGGGAGUCGGUGUACCGGGCUUAACUCGCGGCGGCAGGGAAAUGUACGAUAAUGUUCCUAAACGCUGUAUAUAAAGCUGAAAGUAUGCUGUAUAUAAGGCUGACCUGUAAAAAAAAGCAGAAAAGAGAGAAACGAACGGGACGAGAUGAAGUUUAUAAAGGCGGAAACUGUGACGAAGUGUUGCGUCUUUCAUGUCGUAUUCCAUGGAUAAUUUCACGCGAAUUAAUAAUAAUAAGGAAACAAAAUAUAGAAGGAAGUCGGAACGAGUUCUUGUAAAAUACUUGGUUCUAAGACUUUCCCACGAUGUUCUUUUGUAAUUUUUAUUUUUAAGAAAAUAGAUGGUCAUGAAUCUAA